AUGGAACGCAAUCAACCCGCCGCCGCGGCCAGCCUCUUGGACCAGGAGGGAAAGAUCAUCGCCGAGAUCCUCACCAGCUAUCGUGACCUCGUCAAUUUUGCCACUGAGCCCAUCACCAACAAGACCUCUACCGGCCAGGCCUCGUACAACAGUAUGGCCAUGGACCUCGAGACCCAGACCCUAAUCAAAUCAGUUGAGAACCUCCUCUCCCUGACCCGCCGCAUUCGUGAGCUCUGGAUCGUCGGACCCUUGCGAAAACCCGGCGAGGGCGACCGCACCGAGGAGACCAUCGAGUCCGAGGUGCAGCAGGUGGUCGGUAUCCUCAACCAGCUGCGCGCAAACAAGCGACAACAGCUUGUCAGCGAGGGAGGCGGCUACGGCCAGUUUGAGAUGCAGUUGGAUGGAGCGGCGCCUACAAAUACGGAGGCAGAGCCCACAGGCCAGGUACCUGAGCGGGCGCGCACCCUCAAAUUUGACGCAUCAAGGGACAGCGGUGAGGAGGCCGUGAGAAAGGGUGUCGAGCUCGUGAGGAACGACUCGGAUGCCCCAGCAGAGCGACUUGGUGACACCGAUGGCGCCAACGCUGCGCAGGCAAGAGGAGAGACAAAAGAGCACAGGCGCAGAAAGCCGAAGCCCGCACCAUUGAAUCUCAUCAGCUUCGUGCCUAGAAUUACCGCCCCAGGUGACGAGGGAAAGACUUUUGGGAAGGAAUCUGCGGACGACUCGACAUGGCCGACCUUCGUAGUAUUUACGCCUACAGCGCUUAGCGCUGCAGCGGACGCUCCGGCCCAGGAUGCCUCUGCCGACCAGGAAAUUGACAGUCCCACAGCGCCUAUUGCGACAGAUGAGUCCAGCGACUCUGGGUCGUCUUUGACAUCACCAACCGACCGGGAUGGUGAGGCCGCAACGGAGCACUCCUCGGUAAAGCUGUCGCCCCCGAGUGCCAGCGCCAACCGAAAAGAUGAGAUAUCAGGCGAAGAGCACGUUGAAGAGCACGUCGAAGAGCGUCCACAACCGACGGACUAG